AUGUCAUCGCUGAUAUUUGUGCAGCUCCUUCUCCUGGGGUUAAGGGUCAUUGACACGACCACUGACACAUGGAGACACUGUACAGAUUUGCUCCCCCUGGAUCUUCUGUCUUUUGUCCUCGAGAGGGACACCUCCAGACUCCUGCCAGGGGUGCACAUGAAGCAGGCUGGAGGGGUGAGGGGUGUACAUUUCUCGAGCCCUCAUACUUCCAUGAGCUUUCCCUCCUCCCAGCUGCUGGUGGACUGUGACGUCUUCCCAAAAGAAUUCUCCAUUGUUGUGACACUAAAAGUCACUCACAUUGCACCCAAGAAAAAUGAAUACAUCUUUUCCUUGAUGGGGCCAAAAAACGAAGAGAAAAGCGCUGUGGAGGAGCAGGAAGAAGAGGACGAUAAAGGGAACAUUUUGGAAAGCAGAAAAGAGAGGGGAGUCAGCAGAGAGAGUGAGAAGAAGCAAGUCAAGAACAAUGAGGGAGGUGGACGGAUCAUCCUGGGACUAAGGUUCUCGAAAAACCGUGUACACUUCCUUUUCAAAGGUCACGGAGGGGUCGUAGAGCACUGGGUGUUUCGAGGCACUCUGGCUGAUAACCAGUGGCACACUCUUGUCCUCAACGUUGGUAGUCAACAUGUCAGGCUCACAGUGGACUGCAGAUCACCACAGGAAAUCGUUCCCUCCAGGCCUUUCCCCUCAGACCUCAACAUUCAGGGAUCCAGAUUCCACAUUGGAAGUCGGGGGAGAUGGAAAGGCUUGUUUUCAGGUCUGUUGCGACAGUUGGUUCUGGUGCCAGGUUCAGAUGCCACCCAUCAGAUCUGCCCCUCUUCCUACCCACAACUAGCAGCUCUCUCAGUACCACCAUUUCUCUUAGAUCUGCCUGUCAUAGAGAGGGAAACUUCUUAUGAAACAGAGGAGCGAGUGUCAGUGGGUUUGGAGCGGUCGUGCUCAGAGCUGCUACGAGGUCAGCUGUGGUUCAAUCCGCUCAAGAAAGGCCUCUACCUCUGUGACGGUACAGUGUGGACCACAGUGCUUGAGGAUCAUAAACGGCUGGACUAUGUGCUGGAACAUCAGGUCCUCACCACCAGCUCAGAGACACAUGAUGUUGAGGUGUUCCAGGUACCUGGCAUGGGUGUGAUGGCUGCUAUGGCUCACCGGUCCACAACCUCUGGCUCUGCUGUGUAUCAUUGGACCAACACAGGUUUCCAACUCUACCAGAAUAUCAGCACCCAAGGAGCUCUGGCAUGGAGACACUUCAACAUUGGAAAUAAUAUCUUUCUGGUGGUGUCAAACUCUCCCACAAACAAUCGUUUUAUGGCGGAGGCAGACCUCUCUGUGAUUUACAAGUGGAGCAAAAGAAGAAAACAGUUUGUGCAGUUCCAGACCCUGAAGACCCACUGUGCACGGGACUGGGAGGCCUUUAACAUCAAUCGACAAACCUAUCUCGCUGUGGCCAAUCAUAGAAUAGGCAAUAAUAAUCACACUAUAGAUAGUGUGAUAUACAAGUGGAACAGGUUAACCAAGUCAUUUGAGGUUCACCAGAUGUUGCCGACCUCAGGGGCCUACGACUGGGAGUUCUUCACUGUUGGACCAUAUCAUUUCCUGGUGGUGGCAAACGCUUUUGACGGAGUGACCACAUCUGUAGACUCUGUCAUCUACAUUUGGCUCAAUGGAAGCUUCCAGGUGUUCCAGACAAUUAAGACAUUCUGUGCCACAGACUGGGAAAUGUUCCAGAUCGGCAGCAGAGUCUUCCUGGUCGUUGCCAAUGGACACAGACUUUAUGGUAAUGGGCCGAGUCGAUAUGCCAUCAACUCCACUAUCUACGAACUGGACAUGAAUGGACAACUGUUUGUCCGCUUCCAGGAUAUUGUCACCUACAGUGCAGUGGACUGGGAGUUCUUCAGCCUCGGGGAGGAAUAUUUUCUGGUUGUCGCCAACUCCUUUAAUGGAGAGUCGUACUCUCUCAACAGCAUUCUCUACAGGUGGCAAGGAUAUGAAGGCUUUGUUCCUGUUCAUUGGCUCCCAACUAUCGGAUGCAGUGACUGGGAGUUUUUCAGCUCUAAAGGAGAAUCUUAUCUGAUCUACUCCAGUGCCAAAGCACCUCUCUCCAAAGUGUUCAAGCUGAAAAUUUACUAG